GUGGUGUCUGGUCUGUCCGCUGCAGGCUGGUCUGGUCACCAUGGCGACGGACGUGGGCUCGCCGCAGCGCUUCUUCCACAUGCCGCGGUUCCAGCACCAGGCGCCGCGGCAGGUGUUCUACAAGCGGCCGGACUUCGCGCAGCAGCAGGCCAUGCAGCAGCUGACCUUCGACGGGAAGCGCAUGAGGAAGGCUGUGAACAGGAAGACCAUCGACUACAACCCGUCUGUCAUCAGAUACCUGGAGAACCGCCUGUGGCAGCGGGACCAGCGGGACCUGAGGGCCAUCCAACCGGACGCCGGCUGCUAUAAUGACCUGGUUCCCCCGCUGGGCAUGCUGAACAACCCCAUGAACGCCGUCACCACCAAGUUCGUCAGAACCUCCACCAACAAGGUCAAGUGUCCCGUCUUCGUCAUCAGGUGGACCCCUGAGGGCCGGCGCCUGGUGACCGGAGCGUCCAGCGGAGAGUUCACCCUGUGGAACGGACUCACCUUCAACUUUGAGACCAUCCUGCAGGCCCACGACAGCCCGGUGCGCGCCAUGACCUGGUCCCACAACGACAUGUGGAUGCUGACGGCGGACCACAGCGGCUACGUCAAGUACUGGCAGUCCAACAUGAACAACGUGAAGAUGUUCCAGGCUCACAAGGAGGCCAUUAGAGAAGCCAGCUUCUCUCCCACCGACAACAAGUUUGCCACCUGCUCCGACGACGGAACCGUCCGGAUCUGGGACUUCCUGCGCUGCCACGAGGAGCGGAUCCUCAGAGGUCACGGCGCCGACGUGAAGUGUGUGGACUGGCACCCGACCAAAGGCCUGGUGGUGUCGGGCAGCAAGGACAGCCAGCAGCCCAUCAAGUUCUGGGACCCGAAGACGGGCCAGAGUCUGGCCACGCUCCACGCCCACAAGAACACAGUGAUGGAGGUGAAGUGGAACCUGAACGGGAACUGGCUGCUGACGGCGUCCAGAGAUCACCUGUGUAAGCUGUUCGACAUCCGCAACCUGAAGGAGGAGCUGCAGGUGUUCAGGGGCCACAAGAAGGAGGCUACAGCCGUCGCCUGGCAUCCUGUCCAUGAAGGCCUGUUCGCCAGCGGAGGCUCAGACGGCUCGCUGCUCUUCUGGCAUGUGGGCGUGGAGAAGGAGGUGGGCGGCAUGGAGGUGGCUCAUGAAGGGAUGAUCUGGAGUCUGGCCUGGCACCCGCUGGGUCACAUCCUCUGCUCUGGUUCUAACGACCACACCAGUAAGUUUUGGACCAGGAAUCGACCCGGCGACAAAAUGAGGGACCGCUACAACCUGAACCUGCUGCCCGGCAUGUCAGAGGACGGCGUGGAGUACGACGACGUGGAGCCCAACAGCCUGGCCACCAUCCCUGGGAUGGGAAUCCCCGAGCAGCUGAAGGCGGCCAUGGAGGAGGAGCAGAGCAGCAAGGAGGCGGCCCUGGACGUGGAGAUGUCCAUCCCUGGACUGGACUGGGGCGUGGACGAGGUGAUGGGCAAGGACUCCAAGAAGGUUCCCCAGAAGAAGGUCCCCUACGCCAAACCCAUCCCGGCUCAGUUCCAGCAGGCCUGGGCGGAGAACAAGGUUCCCAUGAUGCCUCCGUCCUCAGAGAUGUCCAAAGAGCGAGCCCUGGAGCAGAAGGUGGACGGGAAGAAGAAGACGCAGGCGGAGCUGGAGCAGGAGAUGGCGGCGCUGCAGUACACCAACCCUCAGCUGCUGGAGCAGAUGAAGAUGAACCAGAUGAACCCGGAUGGGAAUAUGGGGCCCUCACAGGGACCGGGUCCCAUGCCCUCCUUUACGGGACCUGGAGGUCCUGGGAGUUCGGGCCCCCCUGGUCAGCAGGGCUACGCUCCAAACAUGCCUCCUCAGCAGAUGGCCCCCCAAAUGGGCCCCGGAGGGAUGCAGCAGUCUUUUAUGCAGCCUGGACAUAUGGGUCCCCCCUCUGGACCCCCGUCACAUCAGGGGCCUCCUCAAGGGAUGAUGGGACCCUCAGACAUGCAGGAACCACAGAGACAUCCUGGCCCACCCAGACACAUGGGCCCCCAAGGACCACAUGGAAUGGGGCCCAGAGGGAUGCAGGGGCCCCCUGCAGGAAUGAUGGGUCACCCUCCUCGAGGAAUGGGUUUGAGGGACCCUCAAGGGCCUCCACCUCAGGGCGGCAUGAUGCAACAGCAAGGAAACAUGAUGGGCCCUCAGGGCCAAAUGCAGGGUGGGAUGGCGGGGCCCCCCAGGACACACGGCAACAUGCCUAACAACUAUGGGAUGGGAAACAUGCAGGGGCCCCAAGGAAACAUGCAGGGGCCCCAAGGAAACAUGCAGGGGCCCCAAGGAAACAUGCAAGGGGCCCCUGGAAACAUGCAGGGGGGCCCUGGGAACAUGCAGGGCCCACAUGGAAACAUGCAGGGGGGCCCUGGGAACAUGCAGGGCCCACAUGGAAACAUGCAGGGGCCCCGUGGAAACAUGCAGGGCCCCCCCUACAUGCAGCCCCAGGGUCAGAACUCGGGGCCCAUGAUUCAUGGAAUGGGGCCACAGGGGCCCAACAACCAAGGGGACCACCGGGGGCCACCACCUAACAACCACAUGGGCCCCUCUGAUCGGCAGGGCCACGGAGGCUCAGGGGGACCUGCCCAGGGCUCGGGUUCCUACUGGGGAGAAAACCAGCAGGGCCGGAGGGGCCCCCAAGACUUUGAUGGAGGACAAGACUUCCACGGCCGAGGAGACGACAGCUGGAGGCCAGCGGGGCCGGGGCCCGGGCCAGGGUACCAAGGAGGUAGCCACAGAGGAGGGGGGCACCGGGGCGGCGGGGGUAACUGGGGCCCCGAUGAGCGCUUUGGUGGGGGGGACUUCAGAGGACGGCGGGACGACAGGUUCCGAGGAGGCGGGCCUGGCCGAGCAGGGGGGCGGGGCUAUGCUGAGGAGUACGGUGGCCAGGAGGAGGGCUUCGACGGCGGCGAGGAGAUGAGCCGAGGCUGGGACUCAGGAGGCCGAGGGCGGCCACAGAGAGGCGGGGGCCACCCACGAGGAGGUCACGACGGGUAUCGGGACGACGGCUCGUCUCCUGGUGGCCGGGAUCGUCCCUCUUCCAUGCAGGGGAUGGACAUGGCGUCUCUGCCUCCAAGGAAGCGUCCCUGGCAGGACGGUCCAGGAACAGGAGACCAUGACCCCCCUGAUGGAGGUCGUCCUCAGCGGGACGACGGCGGCGGCUACGGUCCCCCUGGACGAGGCGGGCGGGGCGGCUGGGGCCCCGGUGGAGGGCCGGGUCUACGGCGAGGAGGACCGCCUCCCAGAGGAGGGCCGAGGGGCGGGGGGCGUGGCCGGUAGUGGCGGGCCUCUCUCAGCGCCUUCACACCACAUGAAUCUCUGGGCUGUGGUCCUGGUGCCUGGGUGGCCCGGUUCUGCCCGGUCCGGUCCGGUCUGGUCCGGUUUGACCCGGUUGGGCCCGGCGGCUGUAUCAUACUGUAGAGACUGUUUUGCUGCGUUUUCUAAAAGAUUUCUAUGUGUUUGUGUUUUCACCAAGUUGGACAAUAAAGAUUGACAGUUGAAGUGCGGGCGCAGCAGCGCCCCCUGUGGACCAUCAAUGCUGACUGAUCUGACCCUGAUCCACUGACUGCCAUCUACCACCAGCAUCCCUGUAUUCAAUC